GGUCAGAGCUCAAAUACUCGGGAGCCCAUUCUCGUUUAUAAAGAAGGCGUCGCAUUUACACCUUACACACCAGCUUAACUUUUUAUUCUAUUUUGUAUUGUUUAUCAGUAACUAUUUAUCGUUAUCAUCAUAUUAAUAUUUUAACUUAAUGAGACAAUACGUUUUUAAUAGCUUUAAAUAAAAUUUUAGUAGUACAAGUAACUUUUAUAAAGCAGUAUAUGCCAAUAAUAGUUAUUUAUUGUCUUUAGUUUGGCUGAAAAAAUACUUAAAGAAAGGCCGAAACCAUGUUGACUGAUAUGGAACAAAUGCCCUCCAUCAAACUCGGAGAUUUCGUUUUACAAUUUGAACUUGGGCCGCCGGCGCCAGAAAUCCAAGAAGUCGCUAAAAAAGAAUUACGUGAAACACCAGAAAUUCAAAGGAAAGCAGUAGAAGAAUUAAAAGAAUUACUCAAAAAAGACACAGAUCUGAAAUGUCCACUGCAUAAUGAGUCAUGGCUCAUAAGAUUUCUGCGACCGUGCAAAUAUUAUCCAGAGUCAGCCCACAAACUCGUACGAGAAUAUUAUUCAUUCAAAGUAAAACAUGCAAAUGUAUAUGAUGGAUUAAAACCAAGUCGUGAAAAAAAUAUAUUUGAGCACAAUAUUUUAACUGUACUUCCUAAUCGUGAUCAACACGGGCGUAGAAUAUUGAUUAUUGAACUUGGAAAAAAAUGGAAACAUAAUAAAGUAUCUUUAGAUGAAGUAUUUAAAGGAUGUGUGUUGUACUUAGAAGCAGCCAUGCUAGAACCAACAUCACAAAUUGCUGGUGCGGUAGUAAUAUUUGAUAUGGAUGGCUUGAGUUUACAACAAACUUGGCAAUUUACUCCGCCAUUUGCUAAAAGAAUUGUUGAUUGGCUUCAAGAUGCAGUACCAUUAAGAAUUAAAAAUAUUCAUAUUAUUAAUCAACCAUAUGUUUUCAAUAUGGUAUUUGCGUUAUUUAAACCUUUCCUCAGGCAAAAGUUGAAGGAUAGAAUCAUAUUCCACGGUACUGAUCGUAAAUCUUUGCACAAGUACUUAUCUCCAAAAUGUUUACCUGAGUGCUAUGGUGGAACUCUUUCAAUUCCAAGAGUUACAGGAGCACAAUGGCUUGAAUUAUUAUUAAUGUGUGAUCAAGAAUAUGAAGCAAUUAAUUCAUAUGGCAUCAACAAGAAUUAAUGUAAUUUUCUAAAAAAUUUAAAUUAAAGAAAAAAAUUAUGUGUAGAUAACAGGCUUAUGUUCCAUAAAUAAAACAUAAGCCUGUCAAUGGUUAAAAAUAAUAUGAAAAUAUCAAUGAUCAAAUAUUUGAUUUGAUCUAAUAUAAAAGUUUUUUGAUACUUACUGUUUGUACAAGUAAAAAAAAUGAUAUUAAAAUUAGCUUUUACAGAUAAACAGUUGGAAUUUUCGCUCUAAAUCUUUAGUUUAAAAAUAUUAUACGUGAUCUGUAAAUUUAUGUUCUUUAAAAUUAUUAAAAAUUCAUCGAUAUUUCUUUGUUGCUCAAAUUUAUGAUAUUAAAUCAUGUGCAGGUGCAAUAUUUUUUUCAGGCACAAAUGUCGAAGUUGUAGAAUCAAUUUAGGCUAUUUAAUUCUUAUUAAUAGUUUUUAUAGUAAUUUCCGUGUGUGAUGUGGAAAUGAACAAUAUGUAGAGUGUAUAAUAAGGAAUAAUUAAACAUUCAAAUUAGUAUAAUGUAAUUGAAGUAUAAACAUUUUUUUUGUUGUUCAUAAAUAGUUACAUCUAACUAUUUAAAAAUUAUUUUGAUUUUGUAAAAAUUUAUAAUUUCUAUGAAUGUAAGAGUCAUCAAUUAAAAUUAAUAUAUCGCAAAACUCUAACGGAAUUUAUAUAAAGUGCAAUUACUAACUUUUUUGAAAGUAAUCUUAAACUCAUUUAACAAAUCUUGAAUUUCGAGUAUGAGAAGAGUAGAAAAUGUAUUAAAUAGAGUCAAAUGAAAUCGAUAAAUGCUUCUCUUAGACAGUACCCGAGAAAAAAUGUUUAUAUAUAAUCACACAUAAUUAUAUAUAACUAUAUAUGAUCAUAUAUAAUUAUAUACAAUCUUGUAUAUAUAUCCAUAUAGAAUUAUAUAUAAUUAUAUAUGAUUAUAUAUGAGCAUACAUAAUACAAUAUGUAAACGGAGAAAGUCAUAAGUAGCUCCAUAUAUAUUAUAUAUGAUUAUAUAUAAUACUAUUUCGAGAAAUUUUUUUCAUAUAGAAUCAUAUAUAAUUAUAUAUAAUCUUAUAUAUAUAUAUCCAUAUAUAAUUGUAUACAAUCAUUAGGGUGUUUAAAAAAAAAAUAAUUUUUUUUUUCAUGGUAUUCAAAAAUUGAAAGUACCCAGUUUUUCAAUCGGUUGAAUUUCAUAUAAUUUUGUGAAAUUAUUCAAUGUUUCCCAAAAUUUAAUAUAAGUUUUUUUAAAUUUCACAUCACAACAGAAAAUCAAAAAAUUUUAAGGAACUUAAUAAAAUUUUAUAUAAUUAUCAUCGAGGCGGACAAAAAUAAAAUUUCAUAUAAGUUCAUGGAGUUUUUUUAAAUUGUGUAAAAAUCCAUUACGAAAACUUAUGAACUCGGUCUUUACCGGCAUUUCACUCUAAAUACAUCAAUUAAGCACAUGACUUGAACUCUCGUGAUGUGGACCAGUGAUCAACGUUCAGGGUUACCAGCUAAAAGAAGCCGUGUUCGAACCCAGCAGAUGUUCCAGGAUUUUUUCAUCAUUUACUGCUAUCAAUUCUUGUUUCUGAAUUUGAAAUGCGUUCGCGCGAUAAUAACCAAAUCAAAAAUUUAGUAUUUAAUUUUUUUUUUUUUUUUCAAAAAUAUUUUUUAAUUAUAUAUAACUUGAUUAUAUAUAAUCAUAUAUGAAAAAUGGCCAAAUAUA